AAUAUUGAAGACUUUAAAUAAGGUGCGGAUGGCAGUGUCUAGCGAGAUCAGUCAAAGCUGCAAUAUGAUGUAUCUUAAAGGGAUCUGUUGAUCAUAUUGAGAAGGGAAAAGCAGAUUACAAAUUAAUUAAGAUCGCACAGAUAUUCAGUCUCGAACUUUGUAUUGAAGCCGCCCGGAAAGCGAACCGAACCAGGGAAUGGGGGACAAUAACAUUCCCUACGUCUUAUUUUCGUCUUUUCCGGCACAAUCUGUGCGCUCUUCAAGCUCAUUAUAAGGGUGUCCACGCGUGUAUUUCACCGCAAAGAGGCCUGUAUGAGGACGUUUUUUCACAUCCAGAGUCCUCCGUGUGUGUUGCCUUAUUAUACUCCCGCAAAUCUGAUAUCUGGAUGAAUCACUAAGAAGGGAAAGGUGUGGAGUGUAUGCUGAUUUUUUUUUUUUAAGAAGAAGGAAAGAAUGACCCUGGAAUCCAUAAUGGCGUGUUGCCUGAGCGAGGAGGCGAAAGAAGCCAGGCGGAUCAACGACGAGAUCGAAAGGCAGCUCCGUCGGGAUAAGAGGGACGCACGCCGGGAACUGAAGCUGUUGCUUCUCGGCACUGGUGAGAGUGGAAAGAGCACAUUCAUUAAACAGAUGAGGAUCAUCCACGGUACCGGUUACUCUGAUGAGGACAAAAGAGGUUUCACCAAACUGGUCUACCAGAAUAUCUUUACUGCCAUGCAGGCUAUGAUCAGAGCUGCAGAGACACUCAAGAUCCCCUACAAAUAUGACCACAACAAGGGUAAUGCCAACAUUGUGAGGGAGGUGGACGUUGAAAAAGUGACCAUGUUUGAAAAUCCAUACGUAGAUGCAAUCAAGAGCUUAUGGAACGACCCAGGCAUCCAGGAGUGUUAUGAUCGAAGGAGAGAAUAUCAGCUAUCAGAUUCCACUAAGUAUUAUCUUAAUGCAUUGGACCGAAUUUCGAACCCAGCCUACCUGCCUACCCAGCAGGACGUAUUGAGGGUUCGAGUCCCAACAACAGGAAUCAUUGAAUACCCCUUUGACCUGCAAAGUGUGAUAUUCAGGAUGGUGGAUGUUGGGGGUCAGAGGUCGGAGAGGAGGAAGUGGAUUCACUGCUUUGAGAACGUCACAUCCAUCAUGUUCCUGGUAGCACUCAGCGAGUAUGACCAAGUGUUGGUGGAAUCAGACAACGAGAACAGGAUGGAAGAGAGCAAAGCUCUGUUUAGAACAAUAAUCACGUACCCCUGGUUCCAAAACUCCUCUGUAAUUCUGUUCCUCAACAAGAAGGACCUGCUGGAGGAGAAGAUCAUGUACUCCCACCUGGUUGACUAUUUCCCAGAGUACGACGGUCCUCAGAGAGACGCCCAGGCAGCACGAGAAUUCAUCCUGAAGAUGUUUGUGGACCUGAAUCCAGACAGUGACAAGAUCAUCUACUCUCACUUCACCUGUGCCACCGACACAGAGAACAUCCGGUUCGUCUUCGCCGCUGUCAAAGACACCAUCCUGCAGCUCAACCUGAAGGAGUACAACCUGGUGUAGAGCAAGGCGGGGCGGGGCUGCCAAUCAAUGGCCCUGCAAACACACACAUCUGAUAUCUGAAUUGAGCUCAUGUCAAAACAGACACACGUGCAUAUGCUAAUUUAUUUGCCAUUUGUUGAUCUCUUGGUCCCUGAGUUGUGAGCAGAGGAAAACUCCUGCUCUUUGAAGAUUUGAUACAAUGUUUUAAAGCAGGAGAGAAGGAUAUUUGGAAGGUUGUGGAAGGAUUUGCUGUUUGUAUGUUUGUAUGAGAGCAAUGACUUUUAGGCUUUGUGCAUUGUGAUGUUUUUCUGUUAAGGGUUUCUUUUUUUCUUUUUUUUUCAGAAAGAAAGAAACUUAGUGCACUGGAGGUCAUGGGGGCUUUUUUGUCUCAGUCUGAAUUAAUGCAACAUCCUUCCCUUCCUCUAACCUGCUUCUUUUAUAAACGUAUUUUUUUAAUUUUUAAUCAUUCUCCCAACCCUCCUUUACCUUUAUGAUGUAAGAGAUGUCUGAUUAACAGCUUCCUUUUCCUCUUUAAAUCUGAUGAGAAAGUAUGUUGAGUCGACAUAAACUGUGAUGUUUGCAUUAUUUCCUAAUCUGUUACUGGUUGACUUAAAUCAUAAUUACAUUGCAUUGACUUUGGUACCAUCUUAUAAGAAGGGCACGUGUGACCAUGAAAAGACAAAUUUUGGGAAUAUUUGCAGUGACCACUUUACACAACUGAGCUAAUGGUGAAACUUGGAUAGUUGGCCAUAACAGAAGUUGAAAUCCUGCCAAGGAGAAGCCCAGGAACCACAGCUUUCUCACAUCAGGACAGAACUUCUUACAGAAGGAGGAGGAGGAUUUAUGCCACAAGUGUUUUAUUCAUUUCUGUUGGACUUGAUUUCUAUGCCACAUUAACGCUUUUUUAACUAUGGUAGUGUGUAUAUUUAUUGCCAAUGCCAAAACAAGUCAUGGGCCCGGCUCCACUCUGUGCUGUAUACUUCUGUGAAAGGAAGGAAAAGUGUUUAAGAGGACGGAGCAGGGUGAUGAAGUAUUAAUCAAACAACAAAAUGCAAUUGAUAUCUUUAGGUUUUUCACCAAGUU